ACAGGCGCUCAGAACACCAGUGCGAUGUCGCGCAAGGCUUGAGUAGCGCGCUCUGUUACAUAGUCCUCACGACACAACUCCAGUCGUCCAGAUAUAUCUCUGUCAGAACAAGGAAAAUGACGAAAAAGCUUGUAAUAACGGCCAAACGCAAUAGGGACGUAUUGACUCCAAUAUUGGAUUUGGAGAGGAAUAAAGCACGAUGGUUUUAUAAGAAACUGGUGCCUUUUGGCGCUGUAUAAAACGCACAGGGUGUCUUUUUCAGUACUCUACAAACACCUGUCAACAGCUGAAAGAUGAAGUUUGGGAAGAGCAUCUGUAUCCUUAAUGUGGGUGGCACAAAAUAUGCGUUCUCUAAGGAGGUGAUAAAAGAUUUCCCUCUGAGUAGAGUGAGCCGUUUGCACAAAUGCGCCUCGGAGAAAGAAGUACUGGAAGUGUGCGACGACUAUGAUCGGGAACGGAACGAGUUUUUCUUUGAUAGACACUCCGAGGCUUUUUGUUUCAUCAUGCUGUACGUGAAGUACGGGAAGCUACGGUUCGUCCCGCAGAUGUGCGAGCUGUCAUUCUACAACGAGAUGAUUUACUGGGGGCUGGAGAGCUCACACUUGGAGUUUUGCUGCCAGCGGAGACUGGAUGAUAGGAUGUCCGACUCCUACAUUCAUUUCUCCGAAGAGGAAGACAAACUCAACGAAGAAAUGAGGGGCGAGACUUUGGUGACUCGAGUGGUCACAGAGAGAGAGGAUUCAAAGUGGCUGGAGAGAAUGAGAAGGACUUUUGAUGAACCGACUUCAUCAGUCGCAGCACAAAUCUUAGCUUCAGUGUCCGUUAUAUUUGUUAUAGUGUCCAUGGUGAUGCUUUGUGCGAGUACUUUGCCAGAUUGGAAAACCUCUGAGAACAACAGUGUGGUGGUGGAGCACAGGUACAAUCCAGACUCUUUAGAGCAUCCAUCCGGGAUCAUCGAGGCUGUGUGUAUCAGCUGGUUCACCGCCGAGUGCAUCGUGCGCUUCAUCGUGUCACGGAAUAAGUGCGAGUUUGUCAAACGGCCCCUCAACAUCAUCGACCUACUAGCCAUCACGCCCUACUACAUCUCCAUCUCCAUGACGAUGCUGACAGGCGAGAACUCGCAGCUGCAGCGGGCGGGUGUCACCCUGCGUGUCCUGCGCAUGAUGCGCAUCUUCUGGGUGAUCAAGCUGGCCCGUCAUUUCCUGGGCCUGCAGACUCUAGGGCUGACACUGAGGCGCUGCUACCGGGAGAUGGUGAUGCUGCUGCUGUUCAUCUGCGUGCCCAUGGCCAUAUUCAGUGCUCUAGCCCAGCUGCUGGAGCAUGGCCUGGACUUAGAGUCGCCCAACGAGGACUUCUCCAGCAUCCCUGCCGCCUGCUGGUGGGUUAUUAUCUCCAUGACCACUGUGGGCUAUGGAGACAUGUACCCCAUCACCGUGCCUGGGCGAGUGCUGGGUGGACUGUGCGUGGUGAGCGGCAUCGUGCUCCUGGCACUACCCAUCACCUUCAUCUACCACAGCUUCGUGCAGUGCUACCAUGAGCUCAAGUUCCGCUCGGCCCGCUGCACGCGGAGCCUGUCCGCAGAGUUUCUCAACUGAGGGACCACUGACGUUGCAGGAGGGUUACUACUCCCCGACACCUCUUCAGAGACCUCCGUCCAACCCUAGAACUGUGUAUUUAUCUGAAACGUGGCCUCUUUCAUUGUCUCGCACAUAUUUUGUUGAUGUAUCCCUCAUCUUUGAACAUCAGUUGCUGUGGUUAUGGGUUUUGAGGUUUGCAUACAGCACAGCCUUCAGCCUUCAACAGUAAAGUCCAAGUAAGAAGUAAUGGAACCUGAUGGGAACUAGGACAGUUUCCACGGCUGCCAUGGUGACAGUGGUUUUCGGGGCAGAGGGCAUCUGGAUCAUGUCAGACCAGACAGAGGCCUUCACGUACUGUGGAUUACACUGCUGGCUGGCAUUCUUCUCUUCUCAUAUGGCGACAUGCAACAAAAGGGAUUUGAGUUUUAAUGUCAUUUUCAAUCCCACUCCCUGACAGUGGCACAGUGUGGGAGAUGGAAGGUAGAAUUUCACUUCUCUUUCUUAGAUCAUUUAUUUCUAGUAUUCCGUCGGCCAGUGAGUGAACAAUAAUGCAUUUCAAAGAACCAAAGUGUAUCAGUACAGUGUACACUGUAUGUUCCCUUUAAUCUUUCACUGCAAUGCUCACCUUUCUGCUUUUAUCUUGCAUACACAAACCUGACAGAUAUAAAGAGCACAUCACUUUGUGAAUUUGAAUGAGCCUAUUUACAACUCAAACAUGGUCACAUUCUAAACCUAUUGCCUAUUCCCCCUGAAAACCAACCAAUGCAAAAUGGCUAUGAAAUGUAUUUGUCGCAAAAACCAAGGGGGAGGGGUUUAACAAGAAUGAGUACAAUAUUGUGUGGGUCUGUCAGCUCAGCUGUGUAGGCAGGUCUGUAAUGUGGAACACCGAGCCACAGAGCGAGAGUGUGUCAUGGAGAGACGGGUGGUUCGGCUGACACUGUGCAGUGUAGUGAGGAGAGGGCAUGCAUGCCUCAGCCUCGGGAGCACUGCGAGUCUUCUGACUGGAGGAGUGUAACCAUUUGUGGCUGGUGUCAAAACCUUGGUAGCCUCUGCCUGUUACAACAAAGGCACUCGGCAUGCCCAUCCCCACCACCCUCCUCAGUGCUGUAUGUCAAAACCACCACAGCCUUGGUAGGCACUCCUCUCAAUGUUGUUGUCUGGCCCACCUGCUUCUCCUCGACAUACUGUCGACGCCAUGUUUGAGUGGCUGGUGUGAUGCAUUCCGCCUCCUCUCCUGCCAGAGUGAAUUCGGUUGAAUCUGAAAAGCUUUCAUCAUGCCUUCACUCAUUUCUAUGGUGGGGUUUUGGGAAUCAGAUCCUCAAGUGUUCUCUUCACAUCAGCCUGCUUCAGGGUAUACAACCUGUUAUCGCUAACAAGCACCAUCUCUCUUCUCUCAGAUUGUCGAUAGCUGUGUUUGCUCUAGCACUUGGUUUUAGUAUUUGCUAACAGAAUCUGUAUUUUGAACCAAAGCAGUUUUAUAUCUUCCGGAAGCACUUUAUAUAGUGGGAGCAUUUGACAGUUCAUCAAGUCAGUGACGAAUGUAUAUGGGCCUUAUUGUGUGUUCUAUUUCAGGGUUUCUCGAACUCGGUCCCGUUAGUUUUUUUUUUGCCCUAGGACCACACAGCUGAUUCAAAUAAGCAACUCAUCAUCAAGCUUUGAUUAUUUGAAAUCAGAUGUGUAGUGCUAGGGCAAAAAACAAAAUGUGCACCCAAGGGGGGCCCAGGACCGAGUUUGAGAAACCCUGGUCUAUUUGAUGUGCUUGGUAGUCACCGCUGGGAAUACCAGUCUAAUUGUACUAGUAAUGCUGGUUCUGUUGAUACAGAUUUGGUGUUCCUAUGCUUUGUCCUCAGUGUAAUGGUUUCCACUGGCUGCAGACAGCCCCAUCUGCUCUCUCUGAUCUGCCCUGGCUUUUAUUUGGCUGCUUUUCCAAACACAGCAGUCACAAUAAUUUAACUGUGUUGAAUAUGUUGAAUAUUGAUGGGAUAAGAUUGAUUAAACUCGAGCCUCCCGAGUGGCGCAGCAGUCUAGGCAUCACUAUAGGUCUGGGUUUGAUCCCGGGCUGGGUGCACAAUUGGCCCACGUCCUCCGGGUUAGGGGAGGGUUUGGGAUGUCCGCAUCCCAUCAUGCUCUAGCGACUCCCUGUGGCGGGCUGGCCGUAUGCAUGCUGACUUCAGUCGCCAGAUGUACGGUGUUUCCUCCGACACAUUGGUGCGGUUGGCUUCUGGGUUAAGGGAGCAGUAUGUCAAGAAGCAGUGCAGCUUGGCGGGGUUGUGUUUCGGAGGACACAUGGCUCUCGACCUUUGCCUCUCCUGAGUUCGUACGGGAGUUGCAGCGAUGGGACAAGACUGUAACUACCAAUUGGGGAGAAAAUUAUAUAUAAGAUUGAUUGAACUCGUUUUUUCAGACCGUACUUUUUGGGAAUCAGGCACUUGAAAGAGAAAAGCCUUGACUAGACUUAGUUGACCUUUGAAAAAAUGUGACUUGCAUUAUGUUAGCAUGAAGGGAAAGGAAUAAGGGUGUUGUUCAGAGGUAUUGCAAUAAUAUUAUGGCAAAUGUCUCCAGGAGAAGAGUUGGUCAAAACCAACACACAGAAUGAGGUGCAAUAUCACACCAAAGGGCCUGAUAUUCGAGAGGAAACAACUUAAGUAUUCACUUUGAGAGCGCGAGUACACAAUGAGUUUUGAACCUGAAGGGAACUGGCAGGUUCAAACCUGAACGUAGCCUAUCCCUGUCAGCAACAAGACCCUCCUCAUCUACGGGAAUAAUUUACUAUCACUUUCUCUUGUCAACAUUCACACCGACAUUUAAUUAUCUCUGCUCUCAGUAAAAGACUCCCAGGAAGUCACAUUGCUCCACGGCAAUGAGGAUUUAUAUAUCUGACCAGCCUACUUUUCCCUGACAGAAAUCCACAUCAGUCAGAUCUCCCUGGAUUCCACUCCACUUAAGCGAAUAUUUCCACAAGAUUCAUCAGGGAUUCUAACUGCUGCAGGGGGGACUGAGACUCUGACACCAUAAAAAAUCCAAGCCACAUAUAGACUACAAUAGCUGGAUUUUCUCUAACCAUACUCUCUCCCUCUUCUUAGUCUGUUUGUCUCUCUGUCCCUCUUUCUUUCUCUCUCUCACAUGCACACACGCACGCACGCACACAUGCACGCACGCACACACACACACACACACACAAAACGUCCCAGUGGUCACUACUUAUGAGGCUCUUACCUGGGAGUGCCCAUAACAUGCUUAACCAACAACGGAGUUGAUUUCACAUGUAUUUUGCCAAUCAAAACUGCACAUAUUAAAAGUCAGAAAGUUCACCAUGAAGGAAAUGUCAGAGUAAAUCCAUUGUCACACAUCUAAAUCAAAGUGGGAUUACAAGACAAAUCAGGCAAUAAAAACACAUUUCGAGGAGAUUGAACAUGGUUCACUGGUUAUAAGACCAUUGAGUGACCUAUUUAAUGUAUUUCUGACACCCUGUCACUGACAUUGCUCUACUCAAUGAAAUGUACAAAUAUUCCACACCCCCACUCAGUGCAAUCUUGAUAUUUGGACUGGGAACAUAUUACGUAAGUAUCUCUGUUGUCAUCACAAUAUGUAUUUUGACAUUGGACUAAAACUGUGAAAAUGAAUGCGAAGUGUGUGACAAGUAAAUGUGGACCACUAGUGAGUUUGAUCCCUUGUGAAAUGAACGCUUCUGGAAAAGUUGCUGUUGUGUGGAGGAUCAGGUAUAAGGCAAUGUGAUUUUUGUUUUGUUGGAAGAAAUGUUGUAUUUCUGAAUUUAGUAUUUAAGAAUAACUAAAGAAUAUUUCCACUACUGUAAACCAUCGUAGGACAUAUUUCCGUGCUCACGUUGGAUGUAGUGGGGGCAAAAGUGACCCCACAUUUGUUACAAGACUUGAUAAAUAGUGACAUUUCAGACAGGACCUGCAACUUCUGGAUACUCUACAGUACUUUGUCACACCGAAACACCUUCUGUGGGCACCUUUAGCAUAUUGCUGCUUCAAUAGAAUGUACAAUUGAAACAGUGCAUAGGAUAUCUUUUGAAAAAAUUGUUGUUUAUGCAAGCCAUAUCUCCAAAAUGAUUAUUGUUUUUUCCCUUAUUUUUUAUGAAACCAGCUAUUUUGUAUAGAGCUUAUGUUGUUUACAUAUAUAAUGGUUAUAUGGUUGUAUAUAAAUAAAGCUAAUCUGUCUAAUCUGUACGUUUGUCUGACUAGAUUUAGGCGUACAUACCUGUACACGUUUGAGUUUACUUUACAAUAUCAUAGUGGGGUAACACACAUAUUAGCCUCAUAUUCAUAAUUUUUAAUGCAAAAUACAGUAAGUAAUUCAUUUCAAUGGAACCAAUUUUAUUUAAUAUAUUACUUUAAAUAACAAAUAAAACAUUGUUCAAGGAGAA